AUGAGCAGUUCAGUAUGUCUGGAAGCCCUAACCAAUUCUGAAUCAAAAUCACCAAAUCUCGAAAGGACAUUCGCAAUAGAUAUAACUAUAUACAUCAUGAAUAGACUCUUCAGAAUGCACCAAGACGUGUUGGAUCAAAAUUGGAUUGAAAUACUCACCGCAGAUACAAAAAUUCACAAGAUCGAUGGUACUUUGAUAGCUCUUAAGACAAGAAAACAGGACCAUCAAAAAAUAGGAAUUAUUAAAUUUUCAAAAGGUAAAAAGGCCCCGAUUCCAAAGAUGUUGAUGAUAAG